GGUUAAAGUACUGUAUAAUGCAUAAUAAUGCAGUUUUUUAAAGACUUGAAGAAGUCUGUGAAUUCUGCUUCCAUUAAAUUUUCAAGAUGGGGACUUACAAGAUAUAUUAUCUUGGUAGAAGUACUUACAAGGAUUUUAGUGUAUUCUGUUGCAAGAUCAGUGAACAGUUUGGAGCCAUUUGACCGCGUCCUGCACGCUGAAGAGUUAUGGCUCUACAAGAAUCCCAUGUCUGAGGAGUUUGUCCCAGUCUAUGCACUAUGGGCCUUAGUGGUUGGCAUACCAUGCAUAAUCUUCAUGUUCCACUUUGUCCUGACAUUUGAUGCAUUCAGCACCUACAAUACAUUCAUGGCCUUCUCACUUGCUGUUGUUGCCAACUCUCUCAUUGUCAACACUAUGCAAGUUAUGAUAGGUCGUCCCCGUCCAGAUUUCCUGCAGCGAUGUUUCCCUGAUGGCGUUGUCAAGUGGCCAAGUGGCGAUCCUGAUGGAGGGCUUGGCAUUGGCGGUGUCGAUUUCUCUGCCCUGUGCACCGGCAACCCUGAAGUGAUUCUUGAGGGUCGCAAGAGCUUCCCUAGUGGUUGUGCUUCAUUAUCGUUCUGCGGGCUGGGAUAUCUGUCGCUGUGGCUGUGCCAGCAGUUCUCAGUGUUCACGACAGGACGUGCGCAGGCGUGGCGCUUUGUCCUGGCUAUGGCACCUCUGGGGUCCGCUGCCUUCAUCGCUCUCAGCAGGACCUGCGACUACUUGCAUCACUGGCAAGACGUGUUGGUGGGGGCUAUGUUAGGCUGGAGCCUCGCGUUCGUCUGCUACCGACUGUACCAUCCUCGGCCCGCCUGCUCCUGUCAGCUGCUCGAGGCGCCAUCUUGUGGCUCGUCGCGCCUCGGCUCCCCUGCUAACUCCAACCAUAGCCACGGCCUACUCUCAUGAUAACAAUAUUUAUUUUGAGCCUACUGUUUCCUCAUGUCUCCAUCUGCUAGAAAUUAUUUCAGAUUUUUUUCAACAUUUUAUACAUUUUAUAACAAGUACGGUCUGUUCUUAUACUGCUUACAUGGGUUGUACGAGUUCUAAUUCAGGGCUUUUUUAGUUCUAUGACCUAUGUUCAUAUUUUUUCUACCAUAAAGCACUUUUUUGGCUUCCUUUUAUAGUGCAUUCUAAGGUUUGUUAUCUGAAUAUACUAAUCUCGAAACACUGUUCCUUGGUAUAAUUCAACGUGAAUAUUCCACGCAAAAUAUGUUCACUAACUUCACGCAAGAUUUUUACAUGGGCUUGGGCAUGUGACGAGACAGUCUCGACGAUGCCGAUGCAGCUUGUAGUAUUUUAUUUGGAGGAAGUUUAGUAGUGUUCUAGUGUGCCAAACUCUGGACUUAGUGGUGCCGCUUAUUGAUAAUUAUAACGUUUUUCCUAACAGCUCUCUAGCUUGGAUUACCAAGAGAUUAUUUUCAUCUCCUAUUUAAGGGGUAAUAUUAUUGCGGUUGCUAAUAUUAGCCUAUUAAUUAUUGAUAUUGUUAAUAGUAAUAAUAUUUGUUUUGAUGGUUAUUAUAGUCAGCUCCACAGUUUGCACCUCUAAAUAUUAUAGCUAUUAAUUUAUUAGCAAGGAAGCCAAAAUUUCAUAAGUUAUUUGCAAACACUUUAUCUUCAUUGAGCAGAUAUUUCUCGGCGGCAUGCUCUACAGUAUUUGAUAAACAUUCGCUCAUAACGCACAUAAGUCAUCACCAGUUGUGAAACCACUGAUUCACGUCAUAUUGCUUAACAAGCCGGUAUUUGAUCGAACUUAUAAUUUAUUCUGAUAGAAUUUAUUGACAAUAUUCAUCUGACUCUCUUACCGCACAAGUGAUAGGUUCAACUAUCAUGAAAAGCUCAUUUGACUCUGCUACCGUUAGUUGAAGUGAAGGUUAUAUGAACUUCUUGCAAUUUUCAACUGUUCCAAAUAACGUUCAUGCGAUGAUAAUUAUAACUAAUAAUAUCCGUAAAAAUAAUAAUAAUAAUAAUAAAUCUUAAUUCGCGAUAUUUUGUGGGCUAUAAAACUCGUCCAAUUUAGAUCUAAUUCAAUUUGGUUGUUUUGAUCAGCGUCGAGGCUGUUUUAAAUGUGCUAACUACAUUAUUGUGAGUAUCCCAUGCCAAGUAUACAAGAGCAAUUUUAAUCAAGCAGCUAUCGUGUGUAUUUUUAUUGAGUAUUUAUACUACAAACCGGUUUGUUUAACGUCUUCAAUUGUCAUGCUCAUGACAGGAUAAUAACUUGUGUCUUCCUGUGUACGAGCGGAGUACGAGCUUGCGGCUCCCUACAGUGUAGUGAUUGCUUGGGCCAAACUGAGGUUUUUAUGCCUGAUUUUGUAAGGUAUUGUGAAACUGAGCUUUUAAUGCCCGGUUUCGUGAAAAUGUUGCCACGAAAGCAGCUUUUAUUUGCAGUUGUACUUCUGUGUUCUUAGCAGAUCUUCUCUUUUACAAUAAGCUCUUAUAUUCUUCAGUGAAGUCGUCAUUAAAAUAAGCUAAAUAACCUCUGAGUGAGUUGAACAUUUUUUUGUGAUAAUGGAGGGUAUAUCUAUCAAUAGUGAGGUAAAUAUUUUAUUUAAGUUGUCAUUAAAUGUAUGCUGACCACAAUUGUGAAUGAAGUAAAGUUCUUAUUGUGGCUUGUUAAAUUGUGCGACAAGAGAAGGGAGUUUGGCAACCGAUUCUCUAGUGCUUUAACACUGGUUGGCUAAACUUGAAUGCGUUGCCAAUUUUUAAUCAAUCUUCCUUAGUAUUUAGUUCAAAUCAAAAUGCGUGUUGGAACGAGCUGUUAUUAGAACGAUUUUUCAAUAGCCAACAAUGGCUCGGUGAAAUGAGAUCUGACUUGAUGCGAGUUUAUGCCAGGCCCAGCUUCUAAUAUCUUAAGUGCGUUUCUAAUCCGUUUUUGGUCCAAAAAUUUACCUCCGUGUUAAUUUUUAAAUUAAUGGUGCAUAUUAACGAUCUUAUCCUUACUCUGGAUGUGACUAUUAGAUUGGCCCGAAAACUUCUGUGUUAAAGUGAUCUCUCUGAGUCGUGUUUGAAUAGAAGCUAGUAUGAGUGUUUAAAUCUUAGAUCUUUGAGAAGCCUGCGACCGGCGAUAGAGUUAAAAUGUACUCAUCAUGACUAUUGUCCAAAUAACCGAACAGUAUUUAUCCUUGUCCUAAUGAACACUAUUCAAUGUUUCUAAUAGAUUUAAGGCGGUAGCAGCUCUGGUUGCUGUAUACAAAUAAAUAUUAGUGUAGUCAGUGAGUGCUUUUGCCCGCUGUAAAUUAUGUUCCAUGAUGUUCAUGGUUGUCGAAUUGACGAUUUUGUCAACAUUAUCCAUUUCUAUACGCACAGCCCAAAUGCAGCUACGUAACUCACGCAUCCUCUGAAGCCCGUGACGUACAAUCUCGUACAUAAGAAUAACAGACAGAAGAGGAAAUGCCAGAUUAUAUUUCUGAACAAUAAAAUUAUCAGACAGGAAAUGGUGCAUGAUUAAUAAUUAUAUUAUUCAACUUGUUCUAUCUUAACUCUAUGUAGCAUUUUUUAAGCCCGAUUUACCGAUGCUGGCUUGAGAAUUGUUAGCGGGAGUAACUGUAUCGAUCCGAUAAUUUGUAUUCAUCCAAUAAGUAAAGCAUUGAGCACGGAUUCUGAAAAAUCGAAUGUUGGCUUAUAUUUCAAACUAUUUUUGCGUGUGUUGAUAUCAUUACCAUCUAUCGUUGUAAAGGUACUUGGGCCGUGCCGAACAAAUAUAUACUACUGAGAACUGUAAUUUACUCAAAUGCUUUAAAACGCUUUAUAUGUAUGAAUUAUUCGGUUGGGGGAGUAUUGUAACCUAGUCUUAUAUUUGAUUAUUUAUAUUAAUGAACUUGCCUGUUAACCCUUUUUUGUUAAACUCGUUUAAAAUGGAGCUAGUUUCAAUGAAACGACUAUGAGUCGAGUUGUUUUUGCACAAGCAUUAUUUUAUGCUUUUUUUUUCUCCUGUCGCUCAUGCAUUUUUGUGGUUACAACGCUCUCGAUGUAUAUAUUCAUUUGAGAUUAUGCGAUAAUUUUUUUUCAACUUACACAACUACAAUCACAAAUAAACUUACACAUUUAACAAUCAACUUAUCAUCAUGGUAGUAUAAUAUUCAAUCCUUAUCUAUGGUAAAUAGCUUCUAAUAUAUGGCUCUUCACAAACUUCACUUUUUAUACUGUCACUCCGAGUUCAGUUUAAUAAUAUAUUUAUUCCAGAUCAAACAGGUAGCUAUUAAUCUCAUUGUUUUUCAUGUUAUGCUUUGAAAUAUUGUGUUAUACUUAGCGGCAUAAUUGUAUCUUCAAAGUAAUUAUUCUGAUGAUUCAAAUUCUGGCAACUAAUUACGUUCUAAAUAAUUUUAAUGAUAAUUUACCCUAGGUGUCCAUAGUCAGCAAAAAGUCAAUUAUUCAACGGUCGUGAAGGCUAGUGUUUCUGAAGCGAAUAGUUCUUCCACAGUCUGUCCAUUAGACAAACAUUCAUAACUGUAUAUUAUUGUCGCUUCAUCAUGUGUCCUAUGAUCGUUAUUUAAUUCAGCGUUAUCAUAUUUCUCAAUUUGAGUGGGUUACUGUUGGAAUUCAGCUUAGAUAGUCGACGCUACUGCAGUGUCAACCAAUGCUUGCUGCGUUUGAAAAUGUUGGUGUAAUUAGCAAAAAUAAUAACUUUAAUUAAUUAAAUAACAAAAAUG